AAACCCCUCCGUUACAAGUGUGCGUUCGACCGGCGGCCAGUCACCCUCACCGGCAGGAUUUCUAACUGAUCAGAAAAACCCAAAAGAUAUGACCAAGACGAAGUACUGUGGUAGCCGCAGUCCCGGAAAACACAAGUUUGCUGCCUUCGACUUCGCUGCAGAUGACGAGCGUAUCGAAACGGAAUCGAAGAUUAAACUCUCCAAAUUUAAGAAGAAAAGCCCCCAAAAACACAUUUCCCCCGUAUCCAAACUCACUUUCCUAAAUUUAUUUGCCAGAGGAGAGAAGAAUAUACGAAAGGAGAUUGAGGAUGAAGUUGUUCAUAUUGAUCAUUGUCUUGGUCGUGCGGAUGAGGGGAUCAUCAAGUGUGAUAGAGUUUCAUUGUCUGGUUCUGCUCACCACAGGCCAUUGGAACUCAAUCAAACUGAAUAUCAUGAGUUGGUGAGUUCUUCGAGUGAAAGUACACCCCGUUCAGCAAGAGUUCCAGGCACUGUGACUGAUGACAAACAUUUAAGUGCAAGUCGUUCUCUAUUCCCAGCUGAUAAUGAGCCAGUUAUUGUAGAUUCAGACGAUGACUCUGUGACCGAGUCGAGAUCUUCAAAAUCUACUUCCAUAACACAAUGCUUGGGUGGUGUCGCUGCAGGUUUGCUAGAAGAACAACCAUCUAAGUUUACGUCCCAUGCACAUGUUACUGAAGCUUUGGUGGUUGUUCACACUGAUCAUAUUAUAUACGGGAGUUUUUGUUCCGAAGAAUCUUGCAUGGAAUUUUCUCCAAAAUGCAUUCAACUCGAGGCUUUAUCCAAGUUUGGGACAACAAGGACUCGCACAUUUAAGUGGAUGGUUUCUGAUAUUGUCUGCAUUGAGUCUAUUUGGUGUGAUGUUAUGAAAACAGCUCGUCUGGAUUUUCAUUUGAAGUACGAGACUCAGAGAACAUCAGAUGUUCGGGUGUUGACAAUUGCUGUUCACAAUCCUAAUUGGUCCAUCAUACAAGAAGCAAUUCAAUCACUGGACAUCAUCUAUACGGUUAAGUGGAGAACUGUUCGUUCAGAAGAACCCUUUCAUGAAAUUCUUUAUCCUAAAGGUGAUCCUGCUGCUAUUUCCAUUAGUAAGAGGGAUGUUGAUCUGCUUCAACCAGAGACAUUCAUCAAUGAUACUAUUAUUGAUUUUUACAUCACAAUAUUUCAAUAUAUACAAAACAAUUGGCAGGUAUCUCAUGAAUAAUAUCCAUUCAGAGAAGAGGCACAUGUUCCAUUUCUUUAAUUGCUUUUUCUUUCAAAAGCUUAUUGGUCUGGAUAAAGAUCCAUCUCAAGCUUGUGAAGGAAAGGCAGCCUUUCAGCGCAUUCGCAGAUGGACAAUGAAAGUUGAUAUUUUUAGAAAAGAUUACAUUUUUGUUCCAAUAAACUUCAGUCUUCACUGGAGUUUGAUUGUCAUCUGUCAUCCUGGCGAAGUGGCUAGCUAUCGAGAUGAUGAAAUGAAGAAGAUAUCCCGGGCCCCAUGCAUUUUGCACAUGGAUUCUCUUAGAGGAAGCCAUAAGGGUCUCAAUAAUCUCUUUCAAAGCUACUUGUGCGAGGAAUGGAAAGAGAGGCACGGAGAGCUAGCUGAAGAUGUAUGCAGGAAGUUCUUGAAUCUUCAAUUUGUUCAUCUCGAGCUGCCACAGCAGGAGAACUCAUUUGAUUGCGGUCUUUUUUUGCUACACUAUGUUGAACUUUUUAUGGAGCAGGCUCCGGUCAACUUCAGCCCUUUUAGACUUCCACCCAGAUUUCUUUGCCAGGACUGGUUCAAGCCUAGAGACGUGUCUCAAAAACGUGACCAUAUCAAGAAGUUGAUUUAUGAAAUUCUAAAACAGAGUGGGGAAUAUGGCUCAACCGAUUAUUACAAGUAUUCUUCUAGUGGAAUAGAUAAGGAACACACAGGUGUAGAAUUCAUGGAGGAAUUAUGCAUGUCUACGACUGAAAAAGGCCAAACCAGUGACUUGUGCCACACGGUUGAUCCUGAAGGUCAAAUCAUGUCCCCACCACAACGGCAUCUUAAGAGCAGUAAAUCUGCAGUAUCAGAUUUCGUUUUUGGUCCAUGUUUUACUCCAAAAGCUGCCAACUUUGCGGACUAUCAUAUGCAUCCUGGAGUGGAGAAGCUGACCAGUCACAGUGGUAAAAUGAUGUCACCAAUAGAGGAAGAAGAAAACAUGGAGGAAGGAUUUAUGGACUUCACACCAGCAGUAGAUGAGAGGCACCCACAGACUGAACUUCCUCCAUUGAUGUGCCCUGUAAAUGACAGCGACGAACUUCCAUUCGAACAACCAAAGAGCAGUGGGUCGUCAAUAUCACCACAGAAUUCUCCUGGAGAAUCAGAAGUCAAGUCAUCCUCAUCAUUUCCCUGUGAGAAAUCUGUGGAGUGGAUAGUUCUAGAUUCUCAGGAAGAGAAUAACAGCUGCGAUGAUGAAGAAGACAACACACCAGCACACUCUUCCCCCCAAAGAACAGCAAACACCUUCGUCUUGUGCAACCUAGACGAAGACUCCACCGAGAACGGAUCAAACCAUAUUCACCCAUCAUUCAUUCAAAAAGAAGCUGAAACGGGUAUCGAAAUAAUUGACAUUUCCAGUGCUGACAUUGAGAGUGUUGGGUUGGUUGUUGAAGACUCCGAGGACGAGGAGGAUAUCAUUGAAAGAAGCAAACGUAGACAGAGGAAAACGCAUACUAUGAGACGGCUCAUAGUAGACAUAUCAGAAGAUUUGUGUAUAUAGAUAUGCAUAUCAUGGUUGUGUAUGGGAAAUUUGAGGCUACUUUCUGAAAUGAUCUUUUUGGGUGUAUAUAUAAGUUAGAUAUAAGGAGUAUAUAAUGCUGAUGUUCUUCAAACAUACUACUACGUAUAUUGCUAUAGAAUCAUAUGCCAAAGUGACUAUUUACUCUUCUAAUUGCUCUAUUAACUAAUGAUUUCUCAUAAGAGCCUUCUUUGGGACGAAAGUAAUAUCAUUAAUAACAGUUAAGACCACAA